UGUCUUUCACAAUUUCACCCACUCUUUAUUCUCCCAAUUCAAAACUCUCACUCCGUUAGAAGCACCAAAUCCUGAUGGCACCAAAGGCAGAGAAGAAGCCAGCGGAGAAGAAGCCCGCAGAGGAGAAGAAGUCCACGGUGGGAGACAAGGCUCCGGCGGAGAAGAAGCCAAAGGCCGGAAAGAAGCUUCCGAAGGAGGGAGGCGCCGGCGGCGAAGGGAAGAAGAAGAAGAGAAACAAGAAGAGCGUGGAGACAUACAAGAUCUACAUCUUCAAGGUUCUGAAGCAGGUUCACCCUGACAUUGGUAUCUCAAGCAAGGCCAUGGGAAUCAUGAACAGCUUCAUCAACGACAUCUUCGAGAAGCUUGCCCAGGAAUCUUCUAGACUUGCCCGCUACAACAAGAAGCCCACCAUCACUUCAAGGGAAAUUCAGACCGCGGUCAGGCUUGUGCUGCCCGGUGAAUUGGCCAAGCACGCCGUUUCUGAGGGUACCAAGGCCGUCACCAAGUUCACUAGAGAGAAGAAGCCAGCGGAGAAGAAGCCCGCGGAGGAGAAGAAGUCGACGGUGGGAGACAAGGCUCCGGCGGAGAAGAAGCCAAAGGCCGGAAAGAAGCUUCCGAAGGAGGGAGGCGCCGGCGGAGAAGGGAAGAAGAAGAAGAGAAACAAGAAGAGCGUGGAGACAUACAAGAUCUACAUCUUCAAGGUUCUGAAGCAGGUCCACCCUGACAUUGGUAUCUCAAGCAAGGCCAUGGGAAUCAUGAACAGCUUCAUCAACGACAUCUUCGAGAAGCUUGCCCAGGAAUCUUCUAGACUUGCCCGUUACAACAAGAAGCCCACCAUCACUUCAAGGGAAAUUCAGACCGCGGUCAGGCUUGUGCUGCCCGGUGAAUUGGCCAAGCACGCCGUCUCUGAGGGUACCAAGGCUGUCACCAAGUUCACUAGCUCUUGAACUGACUAUUAUGCCCCUUCGCUUCGAUCUAGGUGUCUCUGUUAGGAAUAUGUUUUAUGUUGAAGUGUUGGUUUAUUUUUUCUUUUUGGUGAAAGCAAUUUGUAAGUGAAGAAUAUGGGAUUUGUUGAUCCUUCUUUGUAUGGAAUUAGUUGCUAAUACAGAGACGUAUAUUAUCCCUAUCAUA